CUCUCUCUCUCUCUCUCUCUCUCUCUAGGGUUUAACACACACAUUCUCUCUUUCUGUAGUUCAUUCCGUUUGUUUCCUGCUCCGGGCUCUCUCUCUCUCUUUCUAGGGUUUAACACACACAUUCUAUCUCUGUAGUUCAUUCCGUUUGUUUCCUACACCGGGUCCAAUUUCCCCAGUUUAGCAAACACGCGUACGCAUUCUCUCUAUCUCUCACCCUCUCUCUAUCUAUCUGUGCGUGCGGGGAAUUGUGUUCGAGAGACUUGAACCUAAUGGGCAAGCAAAGCUUUGGAAGAAAACAAGGAUUCAAGAGACUCAAACCACAUAAGGAAUCCGGUAAAACCAGAAAAAACAGGCGUACAAAGGAUGAGAUUGAGCACAGACCCUCCCCAAGCGAUUCAGGGGAUUCCUCCGAGGAACAUUCGAACGCUGCUUCUGAAGAAGAAGAGGCAGCAGCAGCCAAAGAGGAAGAAGUAGCGUAUAGAGAGCCGACCAUGUACGAUCACUUGUUAAAGACGCUUUCGGGUAGCCAAUCCUUCGCAAAGGCGUAUAAAAAGAGACAAAGAGAAGAAGAAGGCAAAAGUGACACGGAAGAAGAUUCAGGGAGUGAAUUAGAAUCUCUUCGUGCAUCAGAGGAAGAGGAUGAUUCCAAUGAAGGAACUGACAAGGAGUCUCCAGGAAGUCUUGAUUUGAAAAGUAAUCCACAAGGCUCUGGUUUGGUGGGUGAGCAUAGCGACAAUGUUGGUGAUGAAGAUGAAAGCUGUUCUGAGAUAGAUGAAGCACGUGAUUUGGAAGUUAAUGAUCAUUCAGCUCUCGAGGUAUCGGUCAGUUCCUUCAAUGAUCACUUGGGGCACAAGUUAUCGGAAACAGAGUGUGAUAAUCUAUCAAAGAGAAAAUGGAAAUAUAAAUGGGAGAUCCCUGCAUCUGACAUACCGAAUUGCAAGUGGAUGGGGACAGGAGAUUGUCUUACAAAGGAUGUUGACCUGAGCUCAGGCUAUAGUCUUAAGCUAAGAUUAUAUAAGCAUUGGUUGCACAUCUACAAGGCAUCUGGAGGCAAUGAUUUUCAUCUAUCCAGACAGAGAAAUUUCUUCUCCCUUUUCAACAGCUAUCGGGAUAUACUGCACCAUAGCAAGAAGCCGUUUUAUCUGAAAGGCAUGGAAGAAGACUCAAAUGUCAUGGAUGCAUAUUUAAUGCAUUCUCUGAAUCAUAUAUUCAGAACUGGAGAUCUAGUGACAAAGAAUAAUGCCAAGGUGGCGAAACAUCAAGAAAGUGCAGAUGAGCUACUUAAUGGAGACUGCUUUCUUGACCAGGGGUUCACUCGUCCUAAGGUUUUGAUCGUCUUGCCCCUUGCAAGCGUUGCAUUUCGUGUAAUAAAGAGGCUGAUACAAUUGACCCCCCCUACACAUAAGGUUAAUGUGGAGAACCUUGAUCGCUUCUCUGAUGAGUUUGGAACUGGAGUGGCUUAUAACAAUGAGGACAACGAAGGCGAUGUUAUUGGAAAUUUGAAAUCUCAGAAGACUUCAAAGCCUUCUGAUUUUCAAGCUCUAUUUGGUGGGAAUAACAAUGACCAUUUCAUGAUAGGCAUUAAGUUUACGAGGAGGAGUAUUAAAUUGUUUGGUGAUUUCUACUCAUCGGACAUGAUUGUUGCCUCUCCUCUUGGCUUAGUCACGAAAAUUGGGAAGGCCGAGGUAGAGAAGGAAAAAGACGUUGAUUAUCUUUCUUCUAUAGAGGUUUUAAUAAUUGAUCAUGCAGAUGUGAUAGCAAUGCAGAAUUGGUCCCAUGUAAAUACAGUUAUUGGGAAAUUGAACCACAUACCAUCUAAGCAGCAUGCAACUGAUAUAAUGCGCAUUAGACAAUGGUACUUAGAUGGACAUGCACAGUUCUAUCGGCAAACAAUAAUUUUGGGGUCUUAUUUAAAUCCAGAAAUCAAUGGGUUAUUCAAUCAUCAUUGUGUUAACUACCAAGGAAAGGUAAAGUUGGUAUGUGAGCAUAAAGGUGUUCUUCCCAAAGUGUUACUUCAAGUACGACAGAUUUAUGAGCGAUUUGAUGCAGAAUCCGCAGUUGAUGUUGAUGAUGCUCGUCUUGAAUAUUUUGCUAAGAAGGUGUUUCCCAAGAUAAAAGAUUCCGUUCAGGGCGGGAUUAUGCUAUUUAUUAGUUCUUACUUCGAGUUUGUUCGGGUUCGAAAUUUCUUGAGGUCACAAGAUGCAUCCUUUUGUCUGUUGGGGGAGUACACAAAACAGAGUGAUAUUUCUCGUGCACGCGUUUGGUUUUUCCAAGGGAGCAGGAAGAUCAUGCUUUACACUGAGAGAGCUCAUUUCUACCACAGAUAUAAGGUCCGUGGUAUUCAGAACUUAAUUAUCUAUUCUCUUCCAGAAAGGAAAGAAUUUUACCCUGAGGUUGUCAAUAUGCUUGAAGGCUCCCAUAGCAUGACAUGCACCGUACUUUUUUCUCGUUUUGAUCAGCUCCGGCUGGAGAGGAUUGUUGGAACAGCCCCUGCAAAAAGGAUGGCGACAUCAGAGAAGGGUGUCUUCGUUUUCUGUUAGAAAAUUUCUCCUGGUUCAAGUUUAAAUUAUCUGGCAAUUAAAAAUGGCUAGUUUAUAUAUGAGAAAUUACACGCCAGUCUCUGUUUUUGAGUCUGUACUUUUUUCUCUGUUGUUGAGAAAUUGCUAGGUGUUUUGUCUCUCAAUUUUGUUUUUGUAGGUAAUAUUUAAGUUUUGCUUUGAGUUGUCCUUUACAUGACAAGAAGCUCCUGUUACAACUUAAUUCUGGUAAUGAAAUGUUUGAAGGCAUUUUCUUAUAUGUAAUUUAGUCAGUCAGAUUGAGUAUGUUCGCAGAUUCUUGAAAUUUUGGAUUUAAUAGGAAUUAUGCUUAUUAGCUUUGUCA